GAUGAAGGAAGCAGGGGAAUAUUCCCGAGUGCUUUACUAUGUUUUUCUCUUUUUUGGGUGAAAAACUUAUUAGGCUGUUUGAACAAAAAAAGCCAGUAAAGGUGACUUUUCAGCGGAGCCUACUCGGUGAGCAUCUCGCUUCGGCGCCGACAAAUGGGAACAAGACGCAUGAUUCCGACGUCAGCAAGACGAAAUUCGACACGAACAUGGUCAUCAUCCUCGUCGCUAGUGAAGACGAGGAGGGAGGGAACCUAUUUCUGCAACUCCAUCCACUUGAUCCGGCCAGAGCGAUGUUUCCAGUGGUUCUGGUUGAAGAAAACAGGUCUGCAAGAACGUAUACAUUAAACAGACCUAGGCAGUUGAAUGCCCUUUCCUAUCAGAUGGUUGCUUGGCUGUUGAAGCUUUUCCUCCACUGUGAGAAAGAAAGUAAUGCCAAGCUGGUAAUAUUGAAGGGAAGAGUGGGUGGCGGUGGGAAUGCUUUUGUUGUUUAAGUAUAGGGGCCUCGGCAAAAAUAGGGCGCUUUGGAGUGCGACAGUUUUCGCCAUUCUUUGGACCUUGUGAGAGAAAUGAUAGAAUUUUUCAGCAUGGUUUUUAUAGGACAAUGAUCUUCCUUGCUUCCAUUUGUGUGUAUUAUCAUUUUUGUAAUUUAAAUACCUAUAUAUAUAUAUAUAUGUUUUUGUUUUUUUUUUUUUUCUGUUUUUUGUAUCGUUAAAAAGGACUCCUUGUCCUCCAAGACUUGUACUCUGUUUUUUGAGUUCUAAUAAAUGUGUUCUCUUAUCCAAAAAAAA